GCGGAUAGAGGAGAGUGCGCGAACCCAAAGACUCCACUUUUACGCAUCAGUGCUCCAUGUAGGUGCUGGUGGAGACCCGAGGUGUUGUGCGGUGGUUUCUCUUUCGUCGCCACGAAGGCCAUGUUGCUCUUGGAUUUAAUAUAACCAACGACACCUGUGCCUGUAUUAUUCACACUUCAAUUUAAAACGUCACCCAGAGCGAGGGAUACACCAGCAGAGAGAGAGAGUGUGUGUGUGCGGGUGUGAGUGUGUGUGUGUGUGUGUGCGCGCGCGCAUUUGGAGCAAGUGGAUCCAAGUGUCCAGAGGAAGUUUCCGUCAUGGGAGCACAUGGAUGGAUCUCAGCGCAUCUUGGGGUUCUUGUGUGUGGAUAUUUGGCGUUGUUCUCCGGCGUGAUUAUCUCCCAAGCUGAUGCGGGCUGUCGGGAGAGGGAGAGCCCAAACUGCUGCACCGGCCGAAAUAACGAAUGUUUCGAGUACACCAAGAGGAAAACAGUGUGCUACUGUGAUACCUACUGUCAGAAGACUAGAGACUGCUGCGAGGACUAUCAGCGUGUGUGUCAAAUAUCUGCAGCCAUUGACUGUGUGGUGGGAUCAUGGGGUCCCUGGUCACCGUGCACGUCUCCAUGUGGGGUCGGCAGCACGGAGAGAAGUCGCCAAGUGUCUGUCCCCCCUAGAAACGGAGGCACACCGUGUCCUGACCUCAAACAGAGACGAGGAUGCUUCGGAAACAACGCCAUAUGCAAUACUGCUAAAGAGGUGGCAAAGAUUCUGCCUGAUUCUUUCAAGAGGAACUUCAAGGACCCUUGGAGGCGACCACACAUGCUGAUGAAGGAGGAGAAGGCCAGUUAUUGUGUGAACCUGCGGAUAAAGCAGGCCAGUGCAGCGUGUAAACUCAAACUGUGGAGCGCCCAGCUGGUCAGAGAGAGACUGAUCUGUGCUGAGUGUCAGAGCGAUGCCAUGUCAAAAACAGACCGCUGUGGAGGGGACGGACUAGAGAGCACCAGAACGUUCUGGGCAGCAGCUUCGGUCCCCGGCUGUCAUGGCUCCUGGGUGCGAGAGUCAUCUUCCGAGGGCUGCCGCUGCCCCCUUUCCUCUGUGCUGUUUGUGUGAGCCGCCAUACAAACCCCCCACAUCCACCUGCAGGGACGAGGUUGCCCCUGACAACUCCUGCGAUACUGUGGGGAACCCUGCCAGCCAAGCCAGACCCCUCCAAUCCAGCCUCACUGGAUGGGUAACUCAAGGAGAUCAGCAGUGUCCGGCCACUUUUUCCUUUCACCUCAUACUCUGUACUGUAUACACUAUUGCUAAUAAGCACACAGAAAGUCUUGCAUUUAUCUUCAUAUUUUACAGCCACAUUGUGUACUUUCUUUUUUUCCUCCAAAGCACAGCAACGUCUAUAUGCCUUUUUACCUCUGAAUCUUUGCUAUCUACCUCCAUGAAUGCAACUGCAUUUGAUUAUGCAUAAUGUAUAAAUAUAUAAAUAUAUUAUUUUGCUUUAUACAUUUUCUACUUUUGAUUGUUUAUGUGUAAUGUAUAUGUGUCUAUAUAGCUAUACGUAUUUGUAUCCACCAGCAUUAACACCAAGCAGCACUGGCUGCACCGAGUCUAAGGCCUAAUCCACAGGGUGCUAAUUCACCAGCAGGUUGGAGGUACUAAAACUGGUUUACCCAAAUUGUAUCCCGAGCUAGAAUCCAUCAUUCAUCAUCUCUGUGUCUUGCAGUUUUGUAUGAAUUAACUUUUACACACAGGUGUUUCAGUGAAAAACAUCACCAGCAAGUCAAGUUAAAUAGCAGGUGUUAUCCAAUCAAUUCUCAGGUGUUUAGAUCGAUGUCUUUGUCUCCCAUUGAGAUUCUGCUGGCAUGUCUGCGUCCGCCGAUGGUCAGUCACUGAUUUUCUGUGGUGAAGUAGCCUAUAAAGUGGCGUAGCUGAAAUCUAGCCAGUCUUUUUUAGCGUGAUAUUGUAGGAGACGAAAAAGAGCCAUUUAAUUCAGUUUAAAUGUGGUUCUCUCUGUCCUGCAUGUCGUGCAGUCGUGCUCUGAUUUUGUUUUUGUUUGCCCCGCCCCUUAAAAAUCCUGUUACCUCCACAAGGGAAUUUUAUCAGCACAGCAUCAUCUGAUAUAACUCACAGCUCUGUGCCAUUGCCAGGCCAAACAGCCAUUUCACUCCCAUUCCUUAUUAACAGAAUCUCCUCCCUGCACUCCCCAAAGCCUCUUGGACACAUAGAUGAGUCCUUCUGACCUGCACUUCUUUUUCUUAACCUGGCUUUCCUCCUCUUUUCUGCUGUGACUGUGAGUCUUUCCAGCAGAUAGUGCAGAUUAACCACAGUGGAAUAUUCUUCACUAGUGAUUACAAGUCACUCAACUGGCAACAAAAUGCCUUCCCACAUUUCUGGCACUGCUGGUAUGAGUGCAGUCCAGGAAAGGAGGCUUUUCCUCUCUGGAAAACCUGUGACCUUCUCUCCCAAGUCGUUGUCUGUGUUUGUGUGUUUAUUUAUUUUAAAAACAAGUGAUGAUUUUAAUAGUGCAGCACAGCAUACUCUUGUACACUGUCCAUUAGUGAAAAUAAACAAAUAUU